CAAUGAAGUAUUGACUUUUCUUUGCAGGUAUUUUGGUGAAUUGUUGAUUGAUGCACCUAAAAACAACAAACUUAAAAAAAUCAAGAAAUAUCAUAAAAUAAUUACAAAUAUUGUACUGAAUCAUAGCUAAUAUGAAUAUGUAUUGUCGGAUUAUAAAACAAACAAAAUCUUUACUAUACUUACGGCCUUAUUCAACUAAAAACCCCUUUUCGAAAACUUGGAACACGAUAUCACAAGACAUACCUUAUUUUUUUAAACUACGGGAAGAAGAAAUUGUUUAUCCGGAACAUGCAGACAUCGUGAUAAUAGGUGGUGGUUUAAUUGGUGUUUCUACGGCGUAUUGGCUAAACACAAGAGCGGGAGAAGGAAUCUCUGUCGUAGUCUUAGAAAAGGAUUUCUCUUAUAGUGAAAUGCAAAAAAAAUUUAAGUAUGGAACUUUAACCCAACAUUUUUCACUACCAGAAAAUAUUCUUUUAUCUCAACAUAGUGCAGAAUUCCUAAGAAACAUUAAACAAAAUGUAAAUAACAAUGUUGACAUUCAAUACUUUCCUACUGGCUCAUUGGUGUUAGCCAGUGAACAAUAUGCUGAUAAAUUAGAACAUAAUGUGGCCAUCCAGAAAGAACAUGGAUUGAGAAAUGAGUUGUUGUCGCCUAAUGAGUUGAAAAGUAAAUUUCCCUGGCUGAAUGUAAGUGAUGUAAAAUUAGGUUGCAUGGGUGUGGAGUCUGAGGGAAUAUAUAAUUCAUGGGAGUUAUUGAAGGGGUUGAUACAUAAAACCAAAGAACUUGGAACCACAUAUGUAAAUGCCGAAGUAGUUGGUUUUGAAAUGGAAAAACAGCGCGAUGUAUUAAUGGAAGGCAUACCUCCUGGAUCAUUUGAAAGAAUAAUAAGGGUCAUUUAUAAAACUCCAAAUAAUGAAGAACAUAAAAUAAAAUUUUCAGGAUGUAUAUUGGCUGGGGGUGCUUAUUCAUCAGAUAUUGCAAAGUUAGCAAAAGUGGGCACAGGUGAUGGCAUGCUAGCAAUACCAUUACCUAUUGAUAAAAGAGAACAUGGAAGUUAUAUAAUUAAGGGCAAGGCUGCAGAAACAGGAUUGUCUACCCCUUUGGUUAAUGAUUCAAGUGGGUUUUGGUUAAGAAGAAAUGGGUUAGAUAAUAAUUUACUUUGUGGCCAGCUACCCUCGAUAAAUCCAGAGCACCAAAAUGAAAUUGAUAUAGAUACAAUCAAAUGUUCUCUACAAAAUAGAUUUUCAAAUUAUGAAAAUUGUGAGAUUCAGCAACAUAUAACUGAAACAUAUGAUUGUAAUGUUUAUGAUGAUUCUGGAAUUUUGGGACCACAUCCAUACCAUAACAAUUUAUAUAUUGCCACAGGAUUUGGUAAAUAUGGUUGCCAACAUGCUCCUGGGAUAGGGAGAGCUAUAGCAGAAUUAAUAAUAGAUAGCCAAUUUACUACGAUAGAUUUAACAAGACUUGGGUUUGACAGACUUUUAGUAGAUGAACCAGUUAUUGAAUUUAAUGUAUAUUAGUAUAUCAUCUUCCAUGACCUAAAAUUGACACCAAGUCACAGCUGUUCAAAAUUCUACCAAAUUAAACAUCUACAGGUUGUUAAAAUGAAAUAUAAUUAUUCUCAAUAAAUUAAGAUAUAUUUAAAA